CCAAAGAAACUGUCUGCUGGCUGUUGCAGAGAAAUCAUUAACAAGGUGAGUGACCUGAUGAAGGAUAUUGCAGAGGAGGAGGAGGAGACUGGAGGCAUGCUAGAGAGCCUCUGCACACCUGUGGGCUUUGAAGGGGAAUUUAAUGAGGAUGAGCUGCUGGCAGAGCUGGAGAAACUGGAAAAGAAUGUGGACGAAAACCUCUUUGAGGCGGAUGAAGCAGAGGACGGGAACCCUUGUCCCAAAGUGCUGACCACUACUUUGCCUUCCCAUCGUGGGUUUUGCAGAGAAAUCAUCACCAAGGUCAAUGACCCGAUCAAGGACAUUAUUGAGGAACAGGACGUGACCGAAGACUUGCUAGACAGCCUCUACACAGCUGUGAGAUUUGACGUGGAAUUUAAUGAGGAUGAGCUGCUGGAAGAGCUGGAGAAGCUCCAAAAGAAUCUGGAUGAAAGCUUCAAUGAUUCGGAUGGAGAAGAAGCUGGGGUCCUUUGUCCCAAAGUGUUGACCACUGGAUCACAUUCCCAUCCUGUCAACACGGACGAAGAAAACACUGAAGAUGAUUUAGAGUAUCUUCGACGUUGGGCGACUGCACCUCGUGAACGCACCAUCAGUUACAACAUUUAGAAGAGGCGAGGAAAGCACAGAAAGGAAUAAAUGGGCAGCAGUUUAUUGUAUUUGUUCAUGAGUGUUUGUUUUUUUAAUUUAAUUUUCAUGGACAUUUGACUUUCUACCUACUCCAGAGAUGCCAGUGAACAUGUUGAUGUUUAUACACAGGACACUACAGAGACUUCAGAAUUCAUAUUGUAAAAUUAAGUAUUAUGAACACAUCCUUAUAGUACCAUCAUUAGUACAACACUACUGGCUUGAUAACUAAUUGAUGCUAUGACUUUGAUGUUAUCUGAACUCACUGAAACUAAGCUACUUUUGCUUUCUUUAAACACAAAACAAAACUCACCAGUGGCUCCCAGCACAUAAGUGUUGCAUGUGUUUGCUGUCUUUGAGUCUCACUCUGUUACCUGUUGUGUUCUCUUCUUCAAAGACUGUUUCAAAAAUAAAACACUUCACCAAU